UGGCGGAAGUUCCUCUGUAAGCUGAGGCCUCUUAUUUCCAAUGGCGACCGAAAACUGGCUAAGCAGAGAGCGGAGUCGAAGCCACAUUUCAUAAUAAAUACACGACAAACUAGAGCUGUAGUUGGUUUCAGGACAGGCGUUUGAAUCGAGCCGCGGCCGAAACGAUGGACAGGAGCGGGAGUGUUUCAAGCCUGGAGUCAGAGCUCUAUUUCCUCAUUUCUCGCUUUUUGACAACUGGUCCUUGUCGAAGAGCGGCAGAGGUUCUCGUGAGGGAGCUGGAGGAACACCAGCUCCUGCCGCGGAGGCUGGAUUGGGAAGGAAACGAACACCCAAGAUCAUAUGAAGAUUUAAUUGCUGCCAACAGGCAUAUUGCGCCAGACCAUUUGCUUCAGAUAUGCAAGCAGAUCGGCCCAAUUCUGGACAAGGACAUGCCAUCUGGUGUCCCAGGAGCUCGUUCUCUUUUGGGGGUGGGAAGACACUCCCUACUUGGUAAAGCUAAGGAUUGCAGUACUAGGGUAUGGAAAGGCUCAUCCUUCGCUGCACUUCACAGAGGGAGACCUCCAGAGAGACCUGUAUGCUGCACAGAUGCCCCUAAUUUGGUGGAAGUGUGUCGAGGCAGGGAACUGACCGGUGCUCAGCGGUUCAGCUUUGUUCACCCAGUUAGCAACUAUCAACACAUGAAAAUGCACAGAAGAAUUCUGGGACACCUUUCUGCUGUUUACUGCAUCGCCUUUGAUCGGACAGGAUCCAGGAUUUUUACAGGUUCAGACGAUGCCUUGGUAAAGAUUUGGUCUUCUUAUGAUGGGAGGCUCCACUCCACUCUGCGGGGACAUCAUGCUGAAAUAUCAGACCUCGCUGUCAACUUGGAAAACACCCUGAUAGCAGCUGGGAGCUGUGACAAAACCAUCCGUGUCUGGUGCCUUCGUACCUGUGCCCCAGUGGCAGUCCUACAGGGACACAGUGGAUCCAUUACCUCUUUACAGUUUUCACCAUUUGUCAAGGGCUCGAAAAGGUACAUGGUCUCCACAGGAACUGAUGCAACUGUGUACUUCUGGCAGUGGGAUGUAAAUAAUACUAGUUUUAGUGAUCGUCCCCAGAAGUUCACAGAAAGACCAAGACCUGGUGUUCAGAUGGUGUGCUCUUCAUUCAGCCCUGGUGGGAUGUUCUUGGCUACAGGCAGCACAGAUGAUAUAAUUAGGAUUUACUACUUGGGCAGUGGAAGUCCUGAGAAAAUGGCAGAACUUAAUUCUCACACAGACAAAGUUGACAGUAUCCAGUUUUGCAAUAUAGGAGAGAGAUUUGUAAGUGGCAGUCGUGAUGGGACUGCCCGCAUCUGGCAGCUGCAUCAGAGACACCAGUGGAGAAGCAUUUUACUGGACAUGUCUGCUACACUGCCUGGCUCUGUUCCAGCAUCAGAAGAAGAAUGUUUUUUUAAACCCAAGGUUACCAUGGUGUCCUGGGAUCGCCAUGACAGUACAGUCAUCACUGCUGUUAAUAAUCAUCAUCUCAAAGUGUGGAAUUCCUACACAGGACAGUUGCUGCAUGUUUUAAAGGGUCAUGAGGCAGAAGUAUUUGUGCUAGAGCCACAUCCAUAUGACCCUAGAGUCAUGCUUUCUGCAGGACAUGAUGGGAAUGUUUUCAUAUGGGACCUUGUGAAAGGCACCAAGACUCAGCAUUAUUUUAACAUGAUUGAAGGGCAAGGACAUGGUGCUGUAUUCGAUUGCAAGUUCACUCCUGAUGGUCACCGCUUUGCCUGCACGGACUCUCAUGGGCAUCUGGUGAUUUUUGGAUUUGGAAGUUCUAAACCCUAUGAAAAGCUUCCGGAUCAGGUGUUUUUUCACACUGACUACCGACCAUUGAUCAGAGACUCUAAUGGUUUCGUUCUGGAUGAGCAAACCCAGCAAGCUCCUCACCUCAUGCCUCCACCCUUCCUGGUAGAUGUGGAUGGUAACCCUCAUCCCCCAAAGUAUCAGAGACUGGUGCCGGGAAGGGAAAACUUUUCAGAUGAACACCUGGUUCCACAGCUGGGCUACGUUGCUACAAGUGACGGUGAGGUCGUGGAGCAGGUGAUCAGUCAGCAGCCAGCAGAGAGUGAGGAGCCUCAGGUUCGCCGAAGCAUUCUGGACGAUGCCAUCCGCCAGCUCCAAGAACAACAGGACAGGCGGGCUGGAGGACAGGCUGUAGCUGCCCUUGUAGGUGCCCCCGGAACACCGAGAAGAGUGUCUCUAAGUGAACGUAUGGAAGUGCAGUCUCCUCCUAAUGUUGGACUCCGGCGCAGUGGACAGGUGGAGGGAGUGCGGCAGAUGCAUCAGAAUGCCCCUCGCAGUCAGAUGGCCACAGAGAGAGACCUGCAGGCUUGGCGUCGCAGAGUUGUGGUACCUGAACUCACUUUCAGUUCAUACAGGUCUCAGGAGUCUUACCGCAUAGCAAAAGGUGAAGAGGAGAUUGCUGUCUACAGUACUAAAAAACGCAGAAUAAUACAAGGGACAUUCAAGGAUGACUCUGAUGAUGACGGAGUGUGUACCAAGCAAGCUCAGUCCCGUAAGCGUCAGAAGCAUUUGGUGAGCAAAGAUGGUGUAAGGGAUUAUAUAGAGUUCUCCUGUGAAGAGGGAGAGGAGACUGCUUCCUCCGAGGACAAUGAAAUGGAAGGAAGUGAGAUGGACUCUUCAAAUGAGGAGGAAGAGGAGUGGAGAAGUGACAGCUCAAGCCGUUCAUCCAGUGAAUGCUCAGACUGGACGGCUGAUGCUGGAAUCACUGUACAACCAGCUCUGUCCUCCCGAAGACGUGCUCGCAGACAAAUCAGCAGUUCGGAGGACGAGGACGAGGAUGAGGAGGAAGAAGAGGAAGAGCACGAUGAUGAUGAUGAAGGAGACAACAUGGUAGAAGAGAAGCAAAAGGAACAAAGCAGGAGUAAAGAAGCAGAGUCUUCACCUCAGAAGCUUAAGAACAAGAUGAAAAGCAAAAUGCCAAAGAAUCCAAAACCAAGACCCUCUGUGAACAGAGAACUGUCCAGCGAGUUCCGUCCCUCACCCUGGAUUACUGACGUUGUUCCUCGGAAGUCCCCGUUUGUCCCGCAAAUGGGAGAUGAGGUGAUCUACUUCCGUCAAGGUCAUGAGGCCUAUCUGGAAGCUGUAUGCAAGAGUAAUCUUUACCCUAUAAAUUUGGAUAAGCAGCCAUGGAGAAAGAUGCAACUGAGAGAUCAAGAGUUUGUUCAAAUAACUGGAAUCAAAUAUGAAGUGUGUCCUCCAACUCUUUGUACUUUGAAACUGACACAGAUUGACCCUGGAACAGGCCAAAUAACGGACCAGUCUUUUUCUGUAAAGUACCAUGAUAUGCCAGAUGUCAUUGAUUUUCUUGUACUCCGUCAAAGUUAUGAUGAGGCACGCAACAGGGUUUGGAGGCCAAAUGAUCGCUUCCGGUCUGUGAUUGAUGACGCAUGGUGGUUUGGGACUAUAGUUUGUCAGGAGCCGUAUCAGCCUGAAUAUCCCGACAGCCUUUUCCAGAGUUUCAAAGUCAAGUGGGACAACGGAGAAACGGAGAAGCUCAGUCCAUGGGACAUUGAGGCUAUUCCAGAAAAUGCUCUGCAGCCAGAGUCAGUGGGAGCAGGAGUUCCAGUCACAGAUGAAGAGAUGAACGACAUCUUGUACAAGCCUCGGGAGGGUGAAUGGGGAGUGAGGAGCCGAGAAGAGGAGAGCAUGCGGAUCAUAGCAGGCAUCGACCAGCUCAUAACAGUGGAUAUUGCUGCACCAUUUUCUGGCCCGGUGGACCUGACACAGUAUCCUGCAUACUGCACUGUAAUUGCCUACCCCACUGAUUUGGGCACUAUCCGAAUGAGGCUUAAGCACAGUUUUUAUAGGAGGCUUUCUGCACUAAUUUGGGACACAAAGUAUAUCUUUCUCAAUGCAAGGACUUUCAAUGAGCCACGGAGCAAGAUAGCACAAUCAGCUAAGCUCAUUACAGAUGUUCUGUUAAAAUUCAUUAGUAAACCACACUGUACAGAUAUUAUGGACAUCUAUAAUGCAGUUGAAAAUAUGGAGUACACUGAGGAUGAGGAUCUGGACGAAGGAGAUGCACCAGGUACCUCUGCUGGACAGACCUCACAGCAGACAUUAGUGGAGGUGUUACCAGACCGAGAUGCCUGGAAGGAUGCUUGCAAGCGAUUACUGGACUACAUGUUUCAGUGUGAGGACUCGGAACCCUUCCGCCAGCCUGUGGAUGAGAAUGAGUACCCGGACUACACAAAUAUUAUAGAUACUCCCAUGGAUCUGGAAACAGUGUGGCGAACCCUUGAUGAAGACCGUUAUGAAAACCCUACUGAUUUAUGCAAAGAUACCAGACUAAUUUUUGCAAAUGCUAAAGCAUUCACACCAAACAAACGUUCAAAGAUUUACAGCAUGACAUUGCGUUUGUCUGCACUAUUUGAGGAACGCAUUAGAAAAAUCAUAUCUGACUACAAGACUGCAGUGAAAAACUGCUCCCGCCUGCGACGCAGUCAGAGGUUUAGAAAGCGUCUUCAGCAGCAAGACCCAGCUGUUUCUCUCCUGAAACUGGAAUCCACUGGUCAAAAGAGGGCUGCUGUUAAAACUCAGGAACAAGUGGAACUGCCUGCAACAAAAUCUACCUCAGCCAAAGUGUCUGCACCAGAGCGCUCGAGCAGGAGGAGGCGAAAGCAGCACAGUUCAGCCUAUAAGUCAACAGACGAGUAUUCUGGGGCCUCCAAUAAGUCAUCAUCAGAAUCUAGUGAUGCAUCAUUCAGUGGGAUGGAUGAAGACAAAGGGUCUUUAUCAUCAUCAUCUCAGUUCAGACGAGAGACCAGAGCCACAAAAAGGGCCAUACAAAAGGAAGGGUUAAAAAGAAAGCAGGUGACUGCACAAAAACAGUUGAACAGAAGUGAGAGAGACUCCAGUGAAGAUGAUGGUAGUGAGGAUUCUGAAAAAUCUAGCUCAUUAAAGCAACUUAAGUCAAGCAGGGGCAAGAGCGGGUCUACAAGACUAACCAGGAACUCUGCUACUGAUCGGAGAAAGCCAGACUGCAGUGGGCAGGUAAAUGGGCUGAGCAGAUCUCGUGUGGAGCGCAGGAGAGUACAGCACAGCAGUGGCUCUGAGGAAGAUUCUUCUAACAGGGACAAGGGCUCAGAGCUGUGCACUGGCCGGAGGCAGAGGAAAACUGCCAAGGCUGCAGUCAGUAAGAUGAAACUGAUCCAUGCCUCUGAGGAAGAUGAAGGUUCAGAGCAGGAGAAUCAAGCAAACAGCAGCAACUGGCAGACUCCCCACACCAACAGACGUGCUGCUGUGAUCCAGAGCAGCUCUGGCUCUGAUGAGGCAUCAAAAAACAGUGAAGAUUCAGCCAGCAAUGAGGAAAAGAGUGAGGCCAGUGCUGACAGUGACUUCUCUUUUUCACAUCACAAUGGAGAGAGCAAAGGAGCUGGACACAGAUCAUCUAGAAGGACAGUACUGGAAGAAGAUGAUUCUCCACUUGUCAAUGGGUAUAGCCUGGACAAUGGAAGAAAACGUCUAAAUGAAAGCCAAGGUGAUGUGAAAGAUGAGGAACCUCCAGAACCUCAUCAGAAUCACCCUCAUCAAAAUGGACAAAAGAUGGACACACAGGACCUUAAAUAUGCUGAAAAAAUAAGUAAUAUGACGUUUAAAAGUCAUGAAAAAGCAUCUGCCUCAAAAGCACGUGCAAUCCCUGCAGUUACAGCAUUCAAAUCAGAGCAACUGAGCAAUGUUCCAAAGGGUGCUAGUGCUUCAAGAAAAAGAACUAAAUCUGAAGAUGGAACAGGUGGGGAGAAUGCAAGCAGUAGUGCAGAGGAGAUCCCGAUUAAAAAAACUUCACUGAAAAGCAAAAACAAAUUAACAAGGUCCAGUUCCUCUGGUUCUGAAAGUGAAGCGCUAAACUGGAGACGUAAAAAGAAGGACAAGAAGGCUGUUUCUUCAGACGACUGGCAGCAGAGUGAUGAAUCUGAAAAUUAUAAUGAAUUUAACAGGAGACGACCUACUCUCAGAGCCCUCCCUAAAAAGAAAUACAUUACCGACUCUGAAGACGAUGUCUGUUUAGAGGCUGAGGAUCAACACAGAAACGGACGGAGCAGUGUUGUCUCUGGUAAAGAUGGUGGAAAACAACUCCCAGGAGGCUGCUUCAAAUCCAAAAGGAAGCGUAUCAGGAGCUCAGAUUCUGAAGAUAAAGAAGAAGAAAAAGGAACGAUUAGUGAUGAAAGUGAAUGUGAAAAACCCAUCAGAAGACAAAAGCGCCCCAAGCAAUUCAAACCAGAAUCAAAAGAGUCAGAAAGUGACUCUGUCAGUAGAAGGAAAACAGAAAAUGGUCUGUCACGCAAGCAAAAGGGUGUGCUGAGUGAAGAGUUCUGUAAGAAUUCGAAUCGUGGAGGAAAACGGAGACUGAAGAGCAGCAGUGACAGUGGCACGAGCUGCGACAGCCCAGAGGAGUCCAGCGAAGAGUCCAUCUCAGGGUCACAAAGCAGUCCAAAAAGAAGGCUGAGAAACCGCAAACAAGCUGCCAGGCAUUCAGACGUGGAGAGUGACGUCUCCUACGGGAAGCCUCAGAGAACCAGGAAAAUUCGCACUAGAAACCUAGGCAAACGGACUGUGUGUUACCAAGACAGCGAAUGAAGGAAUUUGCUUGGUUGGUCCAUCGGAAAGAGACAAAAACUGGAGACCUUGAAGACAACUUGUUUGGCACAGGAAGCGGAGAGGGUGGAGAAAUAGUAGCAGCACUGGCUUCUUCUAAAUACUGUGAAUCAGUUUCAGGGAUAUCUAUAUAUAUAUUCUGUUGGAGAAAUGUUUUUGGAUACUAAAUUUUGAACUACUAAUUUGGGUGCUUAGACCAGCCCCAUUCUUUUUUGUUUUUGUAAUUUGGCCAACAGAAAAGAAUUAUGUAGAAGAGCAUUUUCUGCUUGGGUGCUAUCUUAAUAUACCUCUUGCUUAAAUUAAGCGUAUUUUGCUGGCUUGCACUAAAAUGGCACACUGUACUGAGGUAUUUCAUACACUAGUUCUGCAUUAGUAUCUCAGGGGUCAACUAUGUUUACCAUUUUCACUGACUUUUUUUUUAAUAUAUAUAUUUCUUUCUCUUUGCGUGUGCGUAUUCCAUUACUGAAAUCUUCCUUGAUUUGACACUCCUUGAAAAAGCCACAUAUUUCAUUGAACUUUAAGGGAUCAUUGAGCCAAAGUGUUCAACAUUUUCCUUUUUUGUACUUUUCUCUGUUAACGUUGGACUGUGUAUAUACAAUGUGGUGUGUGUUUGUCAUUUGUUUUUUUUUCAGCAUUUUUCCAGAUUUUUCUGAGAAUCACUUUGUAGCAAAGCUUUGUAUAUUUAAAUUGAAGCGUUAUUUUGUAUAAAAUUCAAAUGCAUUAUCUUGCCAUACAGUAUAAUUGGUACUUAUUUGCUAAGUACAGAAUAUCAAAUCAGUAUGUACUGCAAAAAAAAUGUAUGAUUUCUCAUAUUGGGAAGACAUUUUAGUAACCUGUUAUGUACUUUCAGUAUUAACUCAUUUUCAGACUUAACUUAUGAACGAUAAAUUACUUUUUUUACCCACCUGAAUUUGGUAGUGUUGGCAUUCAUGGGAAAAAACAGCUGUUAUGACUUCUUUUUUUCUGUCCUUAAUGCCUUUUGCAUAAAGUCAGCUCCUUAAUUCAAGUUUUGCAGAUGUUACAGCUAAUGAUCGCUGAAGUGAUUGAGUUUAUGAUGAAUAAAGUAGCCUACAGUUUAAAGGCACAACUGA